GCGCCGACCCCAUCUUCGUCGAGCUGCAGCAGGCCCUCCUCCUCCCAGCCCGACCCGCCGCGCCGACCCCAUCUUCGUCGAGCUGCAGCAGCCCCUCCUCCUCCUGAAGAAAUGGACACCAUUGAUCUCUCGGAAGCAAGUGCAACCACUGCUGGAAGUGGACAAGCUGUGUGGACCAACUCCAUGACCACCAUGAUGCUAGGCUUCUUGGCUAACCUAGUUGCUGAUGGCAAGAGGACUUCAAGUGGGUUCAAGAUGAUGCAUCACAACCAAUGUGCUGCAGCUUUGAACGAACACUUCAAGCUAGUGAUCACCGGCGGCCAGGUUUACAACCAUCUUAAGAAGUGGAGGAAGAUUUGGGGCAGGCUGGUCACAUUGAAGAAUUUAAGUGGAGCUUUAUGGGAUGAGGAUACUUGUACUAUCAGGCUGAGCGAUGAUCACUAUGCAGGUCAUUGCAAGGAUCACAAAUCUGACGUGGCCUUCUUGAAUACCCCAAUUGAGCACUACCAUGCGAUGGAGACAAUUUUCAUGCAAAAAACUGCUACAGGAAAGAAUGCAAGGUCUGGUAAUGAUGACCUUUCCAUUGACAUAGAAGAUGAUGACAAUGGUGAGGUGAACAUGUCACCAAAUGUUGGUGAGUCCUCAAAUCCCAAUGAACGAGCAAAAAAGAAGGCUAAGGUGGUGAAAAAUAAGGAUGAUCCGUUGAUGACAACUCUUCAAGAUGGGUUCAAACUUGUAGCUGCAGCUCUUGUGAAGUCUGCUGGAGAUGACGAUACUAUACCUGAUGACCUUUGGGAAGUUGUCUCCGGCAUUAUUGGAUUUGCUGAAGGAUACCUUGCUCACUACUAUGCCCAUCUUGUGGACAAUCCCAAGAUAGCAAGAGCUUUCAUGUCGCUCAGCGACUCUAACCGGUUGAUUUGGGAGGCCGGGCCGGGCCGGGCCGUCAGCCUGCAUAGCGACGAGACGUUAACCGAAGCAGUCAUGUACGUAAAAGGAAAUGUUUACAUGGUCCUUUUUGGACGCAGGUGGGCGGUAGCUUAG